AUGGCAUUCAUCAGGGGGUCAACUUCAGUUUUCCUUCUGCUUUGGAUAACUCUGCUCUUCAUCGCCUUGAACAAUAAGAAGCUGGUGCUUCGCCACAUUGCCAAGUUUUUGAAUCCCUUGAAAUUCCAUGACACGUGUUCAUCCCUGUUGACCUCUGGAAAUUUAUCAAAGAACCUGACUUGGAGUCCAUCGGAUGACGGCUGCGAAUUUUUGGUGUAUUCCAAGGAGAAUUUCCUCGAGUGUCUGGAAAAUAGAGAAGAACGGGGAUUUUCUAAUGUAUUUGUGUUCACUGGGGACUCGAGGAUCAGGUACCUGAGCCAGUGUUUCAUGCGGAAUUCCGGAUACAAUCUUUCGGAAGCCAUGGAGAAAAUGAGGAAGGGAGUCCACGUCACGUAUCCUCAUUUGUACAAAUCCAACAGUUUUGUCAGUUACUACGGAGACGUUUUUAUGCAUGAACCUGCCGUGAUGCCCACUAACAUCACCCUGAGCCAAACAACACCGGCUUUGAUCGUCGCCGGAAGUGCGGCCUGGUACAUUGCAGAGGACAUGUUCAACUCGGACCUGCUUUUCUGGAACAUGUCUCAGCAGCAGAGAGUCAAAAUUUACAGGGGAAAAGUGCGGAAGUGGGCCGUCAACGCGACGGCUUUCUUGGAACAACAUCCGGAAUCCAAAGUCCUGUGGAUGAUCCAAGAACCAGUGGAUGAGACAGCACCUCAUUACUACUUCAUCAACAACAGGAAGAUCGACUUGUACAAUAGAGCAGCCAUUGCAGUGUUGAAGGACUACCCGAGGAUCCAAGUUUGGUACAGUGGACGGGAUUACAGCAUCAAGUACCAGGAACUGGGCCACAGCAGCUACUCGUACCCAGAUCCCAUCCACAUGAGCCACGCCGUCAUGACAGCCGAGUCACAGAUCCUGCUCAAUUUGUUGUGUAACGACUUUGUCACGGAUUCUGACGCUGAAGAUCGUUGUUUGUGUUGUAGUCACAAGUGUUUCUUGUGA